UAGAACAUAUUCCUAAACCAGAAACUGACAGCACCAUGUCCUCAGUGAAACCUGAAACAGGGAGUGAAAAUGUGGUGGAACUGGAUCAAACUGUGAAGAUAACAGAGGAUCAGAUCAUAGAGAACAUCAUAGAGGAUGUCCCACGGGAUGUUAAGGUUGGGGAUGAAGACCACAUUCCUGAAGUGGUAGAUGAGUUACAAACACUGACAGCUGUCAAUGUAGCCUAUGUCAAUUUGGAGCCAAGUAGGGUUCAGGUCCUCGAAAAGCAAGUUAUAUCCGAGGACACCGUAGCACCUUGUGUGGAUAAUGCCAUUGCCUCAGUUGCAGAUAAACCCCUAAAUGAAGUGCAUCUCACUCAACUUAAUGUUGCUGUGGAAAAUAAAGAUGAACUUCCAGGUGUUGACUUUGAGGCUGCUUCCAUUAAGCAUGCCUCAGCGGUGCAAAUAAUCACAGAGAAUCAAAAAGAUUUGAUAACCUCAAUACCUAAUACUGUUAUGGAAAGAACAUCCAACAUUCUUGUACCAUGUAUAGUCAAAGUGGCAAAGGUGGAGUCAAAUGAGGCAACUGAGUCUGCAACUGCUCUAACACCAGCUAUGACAAAUGAUGUUACUGAGACAGCAAAGGAAAGCAUUGUGGUUAUGGAAAUGCAGGCACCAUCAAUUCAGUGUAAGGAUGAUCAUAGAAUUCAAGUGCAGGUGGUUGAUGUUGAUUUGCAAUCAGCUGAGACAACUGUGGAGACAAUGCUUGAAGUGGGGGUUACCGAAGCCGUACAGGUCAUAGAUGUUUGUCAUGAUAUGCCUAAUAUUGUAAAUAAUCAAUUUACCACAUCUGUUGCAAUCUUUUCAUGUGGGGACACUGAGGAAGAAAUAAUUCAUGGAGCAAAUGAAGUUAUUACUCAAGACCUUACUCAACAUGUAAAACAGCACAUACCAGAGGCAUUACCUAAAUUUCCAGCUAAAGCACCAGAAACUAAAGAGAUGGCUGAAAGUGAAUUGAGUGAAGCAAGUGUUCAGAAAGUGACAGAUGAUAGUGCUUGGACAUUAAGGGAAAGACAAGGAGAAGAGCCUAUCACCACCAGUGUUAACUCCACCAGCGCAACUGAACAGGAAGUGUCUGAAGAGCAGAUGCACACACCUUAUGUUUCAGAGAGUUUGGACGUGCCUGUCCGUGGUCUGAAGGAAGAUUUUGAGGAAACUAAUGUUGAAUUUAAAAAAUCAGAUACAGGGAUCAAGGCAGAGGAUUCAACAUGUUUAUCAGAGGAAUUAGUUGCGAAGGAACUACAAGAUGAUGCCAUGGAAGCAAAAAGAUCAAAAACUGCCCUUUGCCAGGUGGCUGCGCGAAGUGACCCUGGACUAGUAGUUCCUCAAAAUACAGGAUUAAUCUCUACAGUAGGUAAUGUGGAAUCCCCUUCAAGCCUUUCUUUAGAAUUCAAACUAAACAUACAAUUUGGGCAAGCAAAAGCUUCAGAUCCCGUACUGCCUAUAGUAGAGACAGCCAAACCCCUGAAACCAGUAGAAAAACAGACGGAAACAUCUGAGGUUGCUAUUCAGGCAGAAAUCACAGAGACCACUAGAGAACGUGCUGUGGUGCUAAAUCCACCAGUGCUGUUGGAAAUUGGCACCCAAGCAAUGCAAAGAACAGAACUGAUAGAAGAACUCAAACCGAUAGAGAGGGAGAACACCAGUCGAUCAGACUUGUCUGAAGUCAGUGUAAGGGCAACAGAAACAACACAACCAUUCAUACAAGUGCAGACAAGAGAAAGAGUCGUGAUCCGGAGUGAAACACAACUCGGUGGAGUUUGUAUCCCAGGAAAUAAAGUAGUAGAGCCAACAGCUCAACAAACAGAGGAGGAACAUGACCAGGAUGUGUGGCUGGAUGCGGAGGAAAGUAUCGAUACUCCAGAGUCAACAGGGACACUCACCCAUGAUUCUGUGGAAACUCAAGAAACUCAGACAGCGAAAUGCGAUGCAGAAAAAGAAAUACUCGAGCAUGAGUGCAAAAUGGCUCCACACUCUCACACCGGGGAAGCAGAGCAUCAACAAAAAAUGCCCAAAAUCGGAGUGACGUGUGAAGUUGAGAGUGAAGGUGAAGAUUUUGCUGUUGCACUUGAACAUCCUGAAAGUACAUGUGCAAGCAUCACUACAAUGGAAUGGGACAAAAGCCAUUCAACCUAAGUUUCAGCAACUGGUCGGACAAUCAGAAAGAGGGGCCAUUCAAGCUUCUGAAGGUGUUUAAAAGGCCAUUGUGGAGAAGAAUCACCGAGUUGAGGACAACCACAGGAAAAGGCCUUUUUACUGCUAUUAUUUGCUAUGAUGUUAAACCAAAAGCUUUGUAUUAAUCAACAGUGGCUUUUGAUUCGUACGAUGACGUCUAUGCAUGAUUUCAAAACCCAAGAGUGGGAUCUAGCAGGAGAAGUGCUGGUCAGAAAAGUGUUUCAUCUUCUCAGGGGGCAUAAAGUAUGUGAUUUCAGAGGUGUGACACUGAAUAACAUCCACUACCCAUCAAGGCUAUUUGCUAUAUAGUGCAAUUUUGAUAAUCAAAUAUGUCUCUUUGGUCAUCCAUGUCAUUCAGAGAUGCUCUAAAAUUAUCCAUGUCGUUCUCUCUUUAAAGGUGAUGUAUCUACAGGUAUUGUGUUUACAUUAAGGCGAUUAUUUGUCAUCAAUUCUGUACUUUUUUAUGGUGAAGUGUUUCCGAUACAUUUGUGUAAGCGUGCCCAAUUCAUAAAAGCCUUUCAAGAGAUAUAUUAUAAUCAAUAACAUGACGUAUCCGACACUGGCACAGCACACAUUAUUGAGGAUGUAGUUUUCAUUGCUUUUGUUUUGAAAUCGUCUCUGCUGACAAAAAGUAGGCUAGUAUGAUGUUGCGACUUCACAGCACUUAUUAUGUUAUCAUCGCCAGUCUUCAUAGACCAUGUUUAUCAUUCUGUAAUGUUUGUUUAAUCAUUUCACUCUGAUAAAUUUUAUUAUUUCAGCAGUCUGUGCAGGUGAAAUGUCUUAACGGUGGUUGAGACCUGAGCAUACUGCAGCAAUAAGCAAUAGAGUAUCAGAUUAUCUUGUACAUGAUGACUGUUUUAAUGCAAGACUGGAAACCCUGCAGUCAUUUUGUAUCCACAGGAAUUUAUACUGCUCUAAUUUUUUUAAAAUAAAAGCAUGAGGACACUGCUCGGCUGCUUGGCUAGCACGGCACAUCGCUGUUUUCCAAAAUGUAAUAAUUACUCGAUAUUUGGAAACUGCAUCGCACAUACAGAUGCAACAU